AUGUCCGCCUCCGCGUCGGACACGUCCACCGCCGCUGCCACGUCGCUCCGGCCAAUGAGAGGCCGCCACGUCGCCUUCCCCGCCACCUCAGCCAACCAGCGCCCGCCACCUCACCUGCGCCCCGCGCCCAGUUCGCCCGCCGCCGGCCCCCGCGUCCCGGUUCUCCGAGCCGCCGCCACCCGCGGGCGCUGCCCCGCGCGCCUUCCCGCACCCCGCCACCGGCGAGCGUCGCCGGUGCCCCGCCAGUGCCCUCCGCCGCCAUCGUGUCCGCCGCCCGUCGCCACCAACCCCGCCACCAGGGCGCCCCGCCUCCCGCUGCUCCCCGCGCCGUCGAUCCCGCGUACGCCGCCGCCGCGACGCUCCGCCCCGCCGCCGGUGAUCUCCUUCGGCGGAGCACGCUGGACUGCGCCGCCCCGUCAGCCCGCCGGCUCCCCUCCGCGCCGCGCUUCGGGCCCCGAGCUCCCGCCGACAUCGCUGCCUCCGGUCGCCGCCCCGCCGCCCGCCGUCGCCGGCAGCCUGCCGUCUCGCCGGAGUUGCCGGAUCGGGGAGUGGGACGAGAUCCACCACUUCCCCGAUCCAAACUCCCUCGCCCCACCCGAUACAGGACAGACGCGACCUGUACACAAGCACAAUGGCUAUACACCGCUGCCUAGCGAAGCUGCACCUGAUGCGUCCUUGAGCUGCUCCGUGCAACCCCGUGUGUGCUGCCGCCCGCAGCGCUCCAUCGUGCGCGGCCACAACGGGCCGCCGUCGUGUUCCCCGCACUGGUGCAUCUCCUCACUGCCACGCUCGUGCCUCGCGCCGAACCGUGUCCCAGCAGCGGCUACGGCCUCCACGCCACCUCGCCGCACCUGCUCACUGCUCUGGCUGCGUCGCUCAGCCGCGUGUGCCGUCUCCGAGUGCGAGCUCCGCCUCCCCGCGCACCCGCCCAGCGGCAUCGCCGGGCACCUGCGUCCUCCGCCUUCCACGCCGGGUCCGGCUGCCCCCGCGUUGCAGUGCCGACGCCUUCCGCCGGCUCCGCCUCGCCCGUCCGGCUCCACCAGCACCCGGACCGCUUCCUCCCCCCGGCAUGCGUCGGGCCUGCUCGGCCUCGCCUUGGCCGACUCCGCACCAGGCCGCCUGCCCGACCGCCGGCUUGCGCUCUCGCCGGCUGCUCCUGCGUCCGGCUGCGCCCCGCGAGCCCCCGUCGGGUCCUCCCCGCCGCCUGGGCCGCACCUCCGCCUUCUCUUCCGCGCGUGCCACCCGCAAGCUGGCCCCAGCCUCCCGCGCCGUCUCCGCUCGCGGGCCGGCUUGCCGUUCGCCGUGUCCGCCGUCCGCCUCCCGGCCGAGUGCCGCCUCCCCGCACCGCGUGCGCCUGCCCAGGGCGCGCUCGCACUUCCGCGCUGGCCGACCGUUCUCGCCCCGCGCCGGCUCCGCCCCGACGACUGGCCUCCGCAUCCCGCGUCAGCCCAGGGCCGGCUCCCCUGCGCCGCCUGA